AUGGUUUUAGAGGCUACGGUGCUCGUGGUGGACAAUUCAGAGUUUUCGCGCAAUGGCGAUUAUCCCAGGACGCGGUUCGAGGCCCAAAUUGACUCUGUAGAAUACCUUUAUCAGGCGAAAAGGAACAGCAACCCUGAAAACACUGUGGGACUGAUUUCUUCGGCGGGGUCUAAUCCGAGAGUGUUGUCGACAUUCACGUCAGAGUUUGGAAAGAUUCUCGCGGGUUUGCAUGAUACCACAAUAGGAGGACAAUUACAAUUGGGCACAGCUAUCCAAAUUGCAGCUCUUACGCUGAAGCAUCGUCAGAACAAAGUACAACAUCAGAGAAUUGUCGUGUUCGUGUGCAGUCCCAUAGCCGAAAACAAGACAGAGCUUUUGAAGCUUGCAAAGAAGCUCAAGAAAAACAAAGUGGCAGUGGACGUGGUGAAUUUCGGAGAAACGGCCGCGAAUACCGCUUUACUGGAGGAGUUCGUUCAGACAGUUUCUAAUUCACAAGAGGAAAGCAGCCAUCUCCUGACAGUUCCACCGGGAAAUAGGCUCUUGUACGAGCAUAUUGCGUCUUCUCCUAUAGUUUUAGAAGAAGGUGCGGACUCGUCCCUUGGUGGGCUCGGUGUUUCCGGGAUAGGUGGAGACGACUUCACGGAUUUCGGAGUCGAUCCCUCAAUGGACCCAGAACUGGCAUUGGCGUUGCGACUCUCGAUGGAAGAAGAACAAGCAAGACAGGAAAGGCUCAGGCAAGGCCAGGAAAACGAAUCCAAAAAGGAAGAGCCACGGGAAAACUGA